CGGGUACACACAUCAGAUGACAUCAGACAGCCAAGGAACCUGUAUAGGCGAUACAAUAUUACAAGAUGGAUCCUACCCAGCAUAAGAUUUACCAUGAUGGCGGAUUCCACUCCAGGACCUUUUUAAACACUUAUUUUGCCAAUAAACCUGGAAUGGCAUUUGAAGAGGAAUUCCUAAAACGCUUCAUGGAAGAACUUCAUUAUUUUUUUAAGUUUGCUAACAUUAAAGGAGGCACGCUCAUUGACAUCAGCAUCGGCCCCAUCAUUUACCAUCUGUAUUCAGCCUGCGAGUAUUUCAAAGAAAUCAUCCUCCUGAGAUUCAAUGAACACUGCAUCAUAGAGCUGCAAAAAUGGCUGCACGAUCGGACCGGAGCUUUUGACUGGACGCACACCUUGUCAUUUAUCACGGAGAAGGAAGGAAGCAGCGCUCAACUUGAAGAGAAGGAUUUGCGUCUGAAGGAUACAGUCAAACACGUCUUGAAAGGAUAUGUUGACAGAGAAAACAUCAUUGACCCAUUGGAGUUACCACCGGCAGAUUGUCUACUGGUUAUCAAUGUCCUGGAUGUCAUCAGCAGAGAUAAAGAUGAUUUCAUUAGGAAUCUAAAAAAGAUCACCAAGCUGCUGAAGCCCGGCGGACAGCUGCUGCUCUAUGGGGUCCUGAAUGCGACAUAUUACACCGUGGGAGAACAUACAUUCCACAUCUUAAAUUACGACGAGAAUUUCAUCAGAAAAGCUGUUGAAGGAGAAGGUUAUGUCAUCAAACAUUGUCACGUUCGCCCGAGGACAUCAGAAAGCGACCUGACCGAUUUUAAGACCAUCAUCUUUAUCUCAGCCUGUAAAAAUUAGCAUAUUAGGAAAAACAAGAGAAAUAUAA